AUGCCUCAGAUCACUCUCUACUUCCUGCAAGCGUCACGGUCAAUCCGAAUUGCAUGGCUGCUUGAGGAGCUUGGACUUAACUACGAGGUCAAAUUUGCGAAUAGAGACAACCAAAAGGCACCGCAAUGGCUCAAGGACGAAGCCGGCGGGCUUGGCAAGUUCCCGGCAAUGAGGGAUGGCGAUGUCAUGCUCUACGAGAGCGGCGAUUCUAAGCGAUACGCCGUGCUGCAAUGGGUCCAUGCUGCCGAGGCCACCUUUAUGCUGCAUGGCCUUGCCGUGCUAUACUGCCGCUGGUUUCAAGUGGGUGGGGACGUUGCGAAGUCCGAAGAGAAAAUCAGCGUCAACCCAGAGAAAGACUUGGAUUAUCUGGAAGCCGAGCUUGGUAAGAGCAAUGGCAAAUUCUUAGUUGGCGACACGGUGACGGCUGCAGACACCAUGAUGGAGUUUAGUGUGGACUUCAUGUUUGCCAGAGAACUGGGCACGAAGGGCAAGCAUUGGAAGAAAGUGGAAGCCUACCUUAAACACUGCCAGGCUACGGAGAGUUGGAAGAAGGCGCAAAAGAAGACUGGGCAUCAACUGUAG